AUGGAUGUCUCAGCUGAUGUGGUUGGUCACACUCGUGUUCAUGGUAACGAAUACUUGACAGAAAGAUUGGCUAAUUCCGUCCUGAAUCAUCAAUUGGAAAAAAAUCGCCCAGAAGGUCAUGCCAAGUUCUUGUCAGAUCGAAUUCACUAUUCCAAAGACAGUCCUACGUAUUACCAGGAUGGUUCACGCGAUAUCUACUAUGACGAUGUACGAAAAGUAUACACAUUCCCUAACAAACCCAAUUUGAUCAUGCUCGCCAUUGAUGACCCGGGUAAUGGACGAGUCUAUCAGACGUUCAAGGUUGCAAAUCCAGAUGAAGUGUCUCGAAUUAAACGUCGCGUUUAUGAUGGCCGCCGUGGUCGAUAUGCUCGUGAAAACGGAUACGAAGACCCUGAGUAUCGCCGAUCGUCUCGAUCUUAUCGUCGACGUUCGUCACGAACGCCAUCUCCGGUUUACGUGGAAACGCUUGCUCCCGUUCAGUCCGUUCCCGUUAUGCAGCGAGUUCAGCAAGUUCCGGUUGUUGAACGUGUCGAAACCGUUCCUGUGGUUGAGCGGGUAGAGACGGUUCCUGUGAUGGAGCGAAUCGAAACCGUUCCCGUAGUUGAACGCAUUGAACGGCCCCAGAGAGUUGAACGGGUUCAGCCAGUUCCAGUUGUUGAGCGCGUGGAGACUGUACCCGUGAUAGAGCGAGUUGAACGCACGCCAGUAAUGGAACGAGUUCAAAGAGUUCCAGUUGUUGAACGUGUUGAAACUGUUCCUGUAGUGGAGCGGGUGGAAACUGUUCCCGUGAUGGAGCGAAUUGAGACCGUUCCCGUGGUUGAACGCAUUGAACGUCCUCAGAGAGUCGAACGGGUUCAACCAAUGCCAAUUGUUGAACGUGUCGAGACUGUUCCGGUGAUAGAACGGAUUGAGCAAACACCAGUCAUCGAGCGGGUCCAGCGUAGACCCACUAUUAUUCGAGAGCGUUCCCCUUCCCCGGUGUAUGUAACACCAAUGCCUCAACCUCCACAGUCAUACGUUCGUUCGACUGAAAUCUACGUCCCCGAGCCCGAGCCGGAGCCGAUUGUGUACAAGAGUGUGCAACGUGAAGUGCCAGUAGCUCCAACCUAUGUUGAACGUGUUCCCAUGGUGGAAAGAGUAGAAACGGUCCCAGUUGUAGAGCGCGUCGAAACUGUCCCGGUGGUGGAGCGUGUUGAAACUGUACCAGUGGUUGAACGUAUUGAACACACUCCCGUGGUUGAAAGAGUUCGUUAUCGAGAACAGACCCCUUCACCAGUAUAUGUACAAACAGUUCAAACUGUUCCUCAACCGGUCUCAACGACGUACGUUAGACCGUCUGAAGUUGUUUUUACCGAACCAGCUGCAGAACCGGUACGUUACAGACGUUCCAGCCGAUCACGAUAUGAACCGGGUUAUCGUUCAACAUCUAUGUCUCCUGCUCCCAGAAGAUCCUCUGUGGGACGUCGGCCCUAUUCACCCUCGUAUGAUUACGAGAGUGAGGACGAUGACGGCUCGAUAAUUCUCAAACGCGUUUCCAAGGUUGAACCAUCAUAA